AUGUCUCACUACCUGAAAGGCGGAGUCGUCAUCAAGCAUCAAGCCCUGGAGGGGAAACACCAUUACGAAGUGCAAGAUGUCCUCCAUUGCAAAAGCGCCUGCUCCCCGUUCAGGAGAGGUGACUGCGUGCUGCAGAUAAAUGACAAAAAGACGUCUGAUUUUCCACCUGAGAUCAUAGCUGAGCUACUCUGGGACAACUCCACUCAGUUGACAGUUCAUCGCCCUGAGCACAGUGAGGACACCCACAUCCCGGAGAAUUUGGGUGAUGCUGUAUACUGGCCAUACAACAAGCAAAAGGUGAAGCUGCAGUUCAGUUUGAAGAUGGUGCGGAGCUGUGGGGGUCAGGUGAAGGAUGCUACAGCCGAGAGCUGUGAUACUUUACUGCCAGAGGGCACCGGGAGGUGGCACGGUGAAGACGACGGCGAGGAAACCUGCUGUAAAGUUCUGAGCCGCAGCCUGAGCGGCGGGGAGGCUGUGGGAGAUAUGUGUGCCAGUGUGAAGCCAUGCAGUUUGCUGGUGGCACUGAAUCGUGCCUCGCUCACCAUAGUACAGGGGCGAGGUCCGCUCUGCUCGUCGGGGGUAGUGUGCCCAGUGUGUAAGGAGAAAGAAUGCAACAUACACACCAUCGCUGUCAGUUCAGAGGCGAAAUCGGAACUGUACUAUUUGGAAGAACAGAUGUCCCCCGGUGAUUGCUGUGGGAUGAUCAUGAAAGUAAUGAACAGUGAAUACCCAUUCCUAAUUCACAACGAGAGGAACCAGUACCUCCGGCCUGGCAAUUGCUACCAAACGAUAGUGCUGAGCCAACAGGUUCCUGAGUCUGCCCAGCUGACAAUCUUUUAUUACAAAUCCAACAAGAUUCUCAAACCAUAUUGCGGGCUGCCUGUUGUGCUCAAUUUUUCCAAAACAAACUAUUUCCUGGCGUGUAAGACUGAAGGGAGCAAUGUCCUGCUCAGGAUAGAGAAUGAGGGCAUCGCUGGCUAG